CUCCAGUCAGCUUCUGUGAUGACGUCAUCGCCCCGGGCACGGAGUAGUGGAUGGUCAGAGCUUGCUGCAGGUGGGACAACGUUACAGCGCCGCUUCGCUUACACUGGCGAAGGAUUCAUUGUGGGCUGCUUGGUAUUUCAUUGUGUUGGACAUACCAGGCAACAUGGGGAAGCUCCAGGAAUUCGAAAUCACCUUCACCAACAACAAAGUGGUCUACAGUCCGGGCGAAUCCAUUUCGGGAAUGGUUAAGAUCACGAGUGGAACCCCUCUGCAAUACAAAGCGAUUAAAGUGAACUGUCUGGGCUCCUGUGGCGUCUCCAAUAAGAUGAACGACACGUCGUGGGCCAUGGAGGAGCAGUACUUCAGCAGCACGUUGUCAGUUGCAGACAAAGGCACUCUGGCACAGGGUGACCACAGUUUCCCCUUUCAGUUCCUCAUUCCAGCCUCUGCGCCCACCUCCUUCGAAGGCCCAUUUGGGAAGAUCACAUACCGGGUGAAAGCAGUCAUAGACACCUCUCGCUUCUCCAAGGACUACAAGGCCCAGAAGCCCUUCUACCUACUCAACCUCCUCAACCUCAACGAAGUCCCUGACAUUGAGCAACCCAGCUCUGCGGUAACGACACGGAAGUUCACCUACCUCCUGGUGAAGACGGGGACGCUCAUGCUGAAGGCCCGGAGCGACCUGAGGGGGUACACCCCCGGCCAGGUCAUCAAGAUGGCCACCGAGAUCCACAACAAGUCGGGCAAAGACACAGGCUGCGUGCUCGCCAGCCUCAUUCAGAAAGUCACAUACAAGACCAAGCGAGCGAUUUAUGACCUGCGGACCAUCGCAGAGGUGGAGGGGGCGGGCGUGAAGGCGGGCAAGCACGCAGAGUGGAAGGAGCAGAUCAUAGUCCCGCCCCUGCCUCAGUCAGCGCUCACUGGCUGCAGCCUCAUCGAAAUCGACUACUUCAUACAGGUGUCCCUGAAGUCCCCGGACGCAGUGGUGACCCUCCCCAUCUACAUCGGUAACAUCGCGGUGAACCUCACCCCCUCCCGACCCAUUCCCCCGACCCCGGCCCCCCGCACCGUGCCCCCCUGCCCCGCCCCCCGCCCCGCGCCCAGGGCGAGCCCUGGGAGGGUGACCCCCAGCGCCCCCCCGGCUGAGGAGGAAGACCUGGAGGAGGACCUGGGGGCGGGGGGCCUGGUCAAUGAGGAGAUCCCCACCAAGAGCCACUCCCAGCAGGACCACUCCUCCCAGCCGCCCUGCGUGUCCCCCAGCGCCUUCAGCUACGCGCCGGGCCUCACCUUCCCCCAGAACCAGCGCUGCGGGGACCCGUCCGACGGCUCCGGCCCGCUGUUCUGCGUCUCCACCGGCGCCACCAUCCCCUUCUUCUCCGAGGGCAACGCCACGCCCGUGCCCACCUCCUGUCCGCUGAUCUUGCCUCCAGAGUACAGCACCUGGGACUACCCGCACGAACCACCUCCCACGUACGAGGAGAGCUGCAGCAGCAACAACUCCAGCUUCAGUAGCAGGCGAUAGACAGUAGGCAGUGUGACAGACUUUCCCAACCGGUAUGCUCCCUGCAGAGCGAUGCAGCCCCCUGCAGGCCAGAAUGGAUACUGCAGCCCAACUCUGACUGAACAGAACAAACCACUCCUUAAAUACAAUCUUCUUUUGUUUCAUUUCUUCCUCCAUAUACAUUUAUAAUGGAUUGUGGCUUGUUUUUUUAAUUUUAUCUUAAUAUUUUGAUCCCUUUUUCUCCUCUGUCCCUUCCUGGAAUUACAAUAAGGCUUCAUAAAAAAAAAGAAAGCAAAGGAGUUGUUUUGAUAUGUAAACGGGGAGAAUGAUCUUCGUCUGACUGUAGGGCAUUUCAGAAAACAUUGUGCGUAGUACUACAAGAGAGCUUUUUUUCAUGAAGGUUAGUUUAUGUAAAUGUUUUAUCCUUCUUUCUUUGCCAGCAUCUGUGAUGCCUUAAAUCAAAAAUGUAACUUGCGACUGAGAUUCUUUAGAUUUCUCCCACCCUCCUUCUUCCUCUUCUUUCUAUUUUAUUGUAACCAAAGUUGGCCUUUAGAUCCUGUUUGUGGAAUCAUGUGGUGAAAGGCGCCUGUGACAGUCCACCUGUGAGAGAAACCUGUGAAAGUCACCUGCUCCCUCGCGCUAACAGGAGCCGCCCAGUGACACGGCUGUGUGCUACGCGCCGUUAUUGAGCUCAGACUGCAGACUGCGUCCUGCUGCGGGCGGAGCCUGACACACGAGGGUGACUGCGCCUAGUGGGCCGGCUGCUAAGGAUUAUGGGUCUCCAGGCCCGGGCCCGGGCCCCUGAGGGAGCGGGUCCAGCGGCGUGCCUCACAGUCUUGUUUGGACUCUGCUCCUCCCUGAUCACAAACCGUACCCCAGGGCACGGAUGCCCUACUUCAUCGUCUGGAGAAACGGACGCAGGGUUUGCUGUUUGAGUUGUGAUGGGGGGGGGGCGGCAAGCACACGCACACACACACACACACACACACACGUUCUGAGACCUGAUGCAAAUGCUGCUGUUUGACAAGCUAGAUUAUCUGAGUUGAAGGGAUGGACAGUGGUCAUGAGCUGCAUAUCCCAAGAUGCCUUACUGUUCCCAUAGAUUACUCUGCUCAUGCCAACUCUGAUGUUCAUUAAUGACCGUGGUCUUUUGAAGUUUUUUUUUUUUUUAUGCAUUUGAAAUGGAGAUCAGACUGGAUUUGGAAGGAACACGCUUGCGUUCCAACCAACAGACAAAAUGUACAAGCACAGACAGCACUUUGGAAAGACAAACUUAAAACUGUGCAGGUGCGUGCGUGUGUAUGUGCGUGUGCUUGUUUGCGUGACUAUGCGUGUGAAUGUUUUUGUAUGUACAGGUACUGUAUGCAUGCCUGCCGCAGGUUUCAUUAGGUUUGACAAGCAGUUCAUCCUUCUCCGUUCUGGAAAUCUGAGAUAUUUUCAUCACUGAAAUUUUUACAAGCCUUGCAUAGCCAAAUAUUGUACUAUUCUGAUUUCAAGAAAGAUGAAAACACAUCUCCAGUUCCUUAUGUAACCUUAAUAUCCCUGAUUGGAUUUAACACUGUAAAUCGAUGUUAGUCAUGUCUGAUAUUGAUUAUGGCAUAGUUCCAAGCCUGGCGUAUAAUUGUCUGCCUCUCAUAUUCAUUGGGAUUUUUAUCGCAACGGGAAAGGUCUUAAUGCAUUCUACAGCCGAGUGACACUCCUUGUUAAAGUGACACGGGAACAGCCUGUUUCUCAAACCCGAUAUCUGUGCAUCUCCAAAUACCUUGGUGUAUGUACAGCGUCAGACCUACGGUGUGUGGUGGGGCCCUUUUUAAUUGGAGAAGAGUGAGAGGGGGAGAAGGAAGAGGAGGGAGAGGAGCAGAGUGACUGCAAGAGGGAAGAAUAUCGGUCGUCCACCUGGGUGUAUUUAUGUUGCAUCAUCGAUGCUCAGCCAUUUCCUGAAAAUGCCAUGACCACUGGCUAUCAGUUUGUAAACAGGUUUUUGUGUCAGUUUUUCUCAUGCUGCGUUUGAACUUGUACUUUGACAUUUCAAAGGUGCCAGUCCUGGUCCAUUGAAGGGAAUUUGGUUGGAUGUUUCAAGCAUUUUUGAAUUGCCCUUUCAAGGGAAAAUUCAGUGGUUGUGCCUGUUCCCUUGAUGCCGUAUGUCCGACGGAAAACACACACUGAGUCCACGUUCCAAUCUUUCCCGACUUUCCCUGUGAAACUAAGAUUUUAUUUACACUCCAUGUACUUGGAUUUUUUUUUCUUUUUACAAUGGAUGAUCUUACUGAACAGUAACUGCUGAGGUGCCAUUUGACUCUCUGGUCACUGGGGUGGUCUGUUGUGGUGUGUGGCCUAUGCUGGAAUCUUGUGUCUUUAUUCUGGGUAUGGGGGAUGUCUUCACAAUGGUCUUUCAUCUGCCUGGCUGUGUGACAUUGCAAUGCCUCCAGACCCUAAUCCCGCUGCUGACCAGCAUGCCAUACUCUAAUCACUGUUACUAUAGCAACCCUAUUCAACUCCAUUUGGUGGCUUGACUACGUCUUUAAAGCAGUCCAUGGUUUUUUCUUUUGUUUCUGUUUUCUGUGAUUUCUCUUUUUGUCAUGCACCAAAUGAACAUGUUAUAGUUCACUAUAUGGUUAAACCUAAAAUGAAAAAUAUAAGGAAUAUAUUUCUGAUAUGCUGAAAACAUGGUAAAAUAUAGUACUAAAUAAUUACAUGCAGUUUUUUGCAAGUAUGCAAGAAUGUAUUUUGUAAUAUACAAUUUAAAAUGUGAUAUUAAUUAUACUGUAUAUGUAACUGUAUUGUAUACAUAAGUACAUAUACAUAUACAUGGACAUGGUAAUAAAUUAUAUACUUUUGAUCACAUUGAAUAUUUCAGCAUUAUUUAAGAAAUAUAUUCCUUGAAUUUUGUAGUACGUGUUUGAUUGCAUGUAACUUGGAGUAGGGAACAACUAAACUGGCCAGAGAAUGCACACACAAAUACAUACACAACAGGAUGCUGCCCAGAUUGUUUGAUAGACUCAGCAGCUUCAAAAAAGCAGCUUCAUUCCCCAGCCACUAUCACUGCACAGUCACGCAGUCCAGCCACAGAAUGCUGAUGUAGCAGUGAAGUUUCUCACCCUCCCUGUUUCACUUGCCAUUGCAUUUCCGCUGGCUUGAUUAAUGUAUACCCAUCCAAGUUAUGUCACAUAAGAGGGCACUGUGCAAUUUUUGUCAUAUAUACCUUUACCUUCAUUAUCUAUUCUCAUUUUAAAGAGUGCCGAGUUGGUAAUGUCUUUUUUGAAAUCAUUUAAAGCUGCCUUCAUCCAGUGUCUACACCUUGCAUUUGUCUCCACACAAGGUUCUAUGGCUUUAUUGAUUUUAUUGUGUUGUUUUCUGAUGUACAGGAGUUUCACCCCUCGUGUGAAAGACUUGUGGUUUUGUAUUUUUCUACUUGUGUCAGUUGUCCAGUGUGUAUAAAGCAUCUGAAUAAUAAUAGUAAUUAUAAUAAGAAAUUCCCCUUUAUCCUAUCAGAAAUGUUCUAAAUAGCACCUUAGUGAAUCUAUGUUACAUUUAAAGAAACAGUUGUUUUAAAUCAUUAAUGUACACUGUACUAAUAAAAUUGUUUAAUGUAAGAGAUUUGACAUUUCCAGUAAAUAUUCUAGCAAUUUUGUUUUCCUUGGUAAAAGUCUGUGGAAACCAACAAGCAGUACAUACACAAAAACUCAUUCUUCUACAGAUUUUUCCCCAUAUUUUAUACUGUUAGAGCGAUUAUCUUUUGUUCAAUCUGUCCUGGAGUACCAUAGUGUAUGGUGGUUUUUUUUGUUCAAACUGCAAUUGCAAUCCCAAAAUUUUAACAAGCUGUAAAUUUCAGGGAUGGCAAUUUUGGUUAGUUGGAAAACCAGCAUACACAGUGGUCACCUGAGGACCAAGUUUUAAAACCACUGAAAUAAAUAGUUAGACACUUUGGUGCCCCAACGACCAUACAAAUUCCCCACCAGAAAGGGGGCUGAUGAGAGUUAAUGAAACUGUGAGGGGAUCCAGCUGCCAGAGGAGGGAUCGUUUUAUGACUAAUUUUUGCCACAUUUAUGAGCAUUUAAAAAAGGUCUUUGCUUUGAACUUCGUUAAUUAGCCAGCAAACAUACAAACAUCAUCGUUAUCUACAUCAGCUAUUACCCACCACAACCAAGCCCAAAACCAGAUUAAGUGUCAACAAAUGUGGGUAAACCUAGGUGAUUGGACAAUGUCAACAAUGGGUUGAAAAUGUCAUCGGUAUCCAAGUGGCCAUUUACAAUAAAUACUUGGAGGUAGGUCACUAUAUUUUAAGUAAAAAAACUAUUUUGACGCGUGUGUUGAUGGAUUACGAGAUUCAUUGCUGGGCUCUGGAUUUUACUGAACUUUAUGAGAGGUGAUGUGUUUCAUCAAAGGAUUUUAAUGGAACCUCUCAUGGUUGAUUAUGUAAACCUUGAAGAUCAAGGUCUUCAGUCUGUGUUUUACUGUCUCAUAAUCGAUUUUCCAAACAACAUUGCUCAUUUCAAGGACAGCUCACUGAACAUUAGUGAACUAUUAUAUUAUGUUGUAGCCUACUUGCCAAAAUUAAUUAAAUUGGAAGCGUUUCAAGAUUGUCCUGUCAAAGGCAUUUACAUGUGAAGUUCAUUGUGUUCCUCAAGCAAACACUGAAUUCCAAGACAAAAUUUCAACAGCAUAUGUAGGAAAGUAGCUGUAUCUCCCCUGUUUUCUUGAGAUAUUCAGUCCCUGAUUCUUGACGGGGCCAAACCAGACAGAAAGAGAGCAUGCUGCUCUUUGGGGAUUAUUCACCAUGCAGCCACUGAAUCACUGGAGAGCUGUUUUGAUGCCACUCGUGAGAAGGGAAAAGAUACCCACAUGUUGUGUAGUAAGAAAUGGUCCCAGUGCAUCAUGUAGGUACUGUAAUCCUGUCUUGUGGGAAUAAGCAACUGUAGGCCUAGAGAGCCAGUGGCUGUGUGCUAAUUUAUCUUCCAAUCAAUUAUUUGAGCAUAAAUGUUCUAAACAUCUGUCUACAGCAAUGUUCCUGGUUCACUGUAUCAGAUCCAGUGAAACUUUCACCAUCAAGGAUACGCAUACGGUCAGGUUUCUGUGUUUUCUGUUAUUCGUUUUGUCUAAGUCCUCAGCAUUUUUGUUCUUUGUUACCCUCUGCUCAGUGUAGUCUAUCUGUCAUUUCAUUAAUUCCCUGACAUUUGUUUCACCUUUCUGCCACUUCCUGAUUGUUUCACACACCUGAUUGUUAUUCCCUCGUUAUCUGUGUAUUUAAACCCCUCUGUUUGUCUCACUUGUUGCCAGAUUGUCAUGUGCUAUUGGCAUGCCUGUGUUUCGACCCUGGCCUUUUUUUUUUUUUUUUCUUGCUUCCUCCUUCUGUUCUACUUCGACCUGUUUGGACUGCCUGUUUGUUUUCGACCCUCUGCCUGUGACUAUGACCAUUCUUCGGAUUUUCUUUGUUGUACCCGUUUGCCUGGAUAUCGACCCAUUGCCCGCACUAUUGAUUACGAACUGCCUAUUCCUUACCAUUCAUGUUUGCUGGUUAUCGACUCCUGCCUGUUUGAACUUUUUGAAGUUAAUAAAGACUUGGCCUCAUC